AGCCCUCGAAAAUGACCACUCCAGUUUUUUCAGGUGUCUUUUUGGGAAAAAAACGUAUUUUAUUCGCGUCAGUACGUAUAGGAAAAUGACAUGCAUGUAAUACCGCGGUUCACGUGUGCAUAUCGUACCGAACGGUUCCAUGUGUUGUAUAUAUGUGGACGAAAAUUUUGUGCCUUGGGAACAGCCGAACCAAACCAUGGCGAAGCUGCAGCAGGUGGAGACGGAGGUGAAGAAAGGCGGCCCGUCCGCAGAAGCCGAGGCUCUGGCAUCUGGGACGGUCGGGACGUCGGGGAGCGCGGGUGCGACGCCGUGUUUGCCGCCUAGCUUCGCGGAUGCGUGCCAGUUCGUGAGCGCGCCGUACUCGUGCCUGGUGCUGGACACGAGCCGGCGGCACGUCGCGCUCUCGCCAAUGUUCCUGAAGAAGAAGAAGACGGGCAUCCAGGAGCAGCUGAACUGCGAGCUGCUCAAGUACUCCGAGAGUAUGAACGGGGUGCCCCUAGCCUACGACAACAUUAAAGUCUUGGGACGACAUGGGGACAUAUACGACGACCAAGGGUUCAUCCACCUCAACAUAGAGGCGACGUUUGCGAUCUUUCGGCCCAGAAAAGGACAGAGGCUUUUGGGUGUCAUAAACAAAGUGGGAGUGAGUCAUGUGGGGUGUCUGGUGCACGGCUCGUUCAACGCCUCCAUCCCUAAGCCGUACCAGGUCAGUGCGGAGGCUUGGAGGGAGGCCGGCUUCACUGUGGGCGACACCUUGGAGUUCGAAGUCUUCCAGCUGGACGCGGACGCCGCCGGCGUCCUCCUCAUCAGAGGAAGGCUGGAGAAAAAGAGGGUUGAAGAACUGGUGGCCCUCAGUGAACAAGGAGAUGAUGUGGCUGUGGAGGACAGUGUCAGGUCCGAAGAGGGGAGCCUCGAACCCAUGGCUGAGGACUCGACUGACAGCAUGAGAACCAAGAAGAAGGAGAAGAAGAAGGAGAAGGAGAAGAAGGAGAAGAAGAAGGACAAAUCCUGGGACACCGAGGCCCCAACAGAUUGGCAGGUCACAGCGGAAACGCCUGCUGACACCACCGGAAUCGCGGAAGUCCAGGUGAACGGGGAUGUCGAUGGAAAAAGAAAGAAACACAAAAGGAGAAAAGGCAGGACGGAGGCUGAGGAAGAGCAAAUGGACGAGGUGCCUGCUGUCCUCUCUGACGAAGUCCGCAGCAACAAAAAGCCCAAGAAAAGGAAGCGGGAGAAGGACGGUGGUGCCAAUCUGGACGCGGAUUCUGAACCCCCCCGAGCCAAGAAGAAAAAGAAGGUGUAGGAUUUUUACCCAAAAUGACUCAGAAGCACAGUGAAGCACAAUGAAGUAUCUUCACGGGACUCAUCACGCCGAUGUCGUGUUUGUGUAAAUACUGCCACUUGCCAGCAGGGGGGAGUAUUACAGUGUCUUCUUGGUUUUUAGAGAAAUGUUUGUUGUAAGACCUAAUAAUGCCCGUACAGAAUUAAACAAUGCUGUAUAAUAUGCAUUUAUACCAAGUGCCUUUGACCAUGAAAGAUGGGAUGCUUGGCUUUUGAAUGUGAAAAUGUAAAGUAAAAAUGUAUUUUCUUUUAAAUGCGCCUGCAUCCCGUAAUUCAUCACUGUUUUUUUUUCUUUGUAGUUGAGGAUGCGUCGUUCUGAGAUUUUGUUCAGUCUACAUAAGAUUUUUGUAAUCGAGCACACAGUAAAUAUGCAAUACGGCGG